GGUUCAUCAUACCAUGAUGAUGGUCUUCUUCUUGGCUUUUGAAUAGAUUAAGGCUGGUUUUCUAGUUCUCUCUCUUCCCAUAGUUUAGUGUUAUCCUCUCUUACGCCUGAGCUGCCGAUUCUGUUGUUCCCGACGAAACCGCAACUUCUGGGUUUGCCUUUACUCCGGUUAGCAUUUCCUCUUUGCGGUGUAAUUACUUUCUCAACAACUGAAAAUGAGUGGCAGUCGCUUUCCGCAUAUUAUUUAUGUCGGCAAUCUUCCUAUGAAUGUUAAGGAGUGGGAAAUUGAGGACCUAUUUUACAAGUAUGGCCGUGUAUUGGAUAUUGAACUCAAGAUCCCUCCACAUUCCCCUGCUUAUUGUUUUUUAGAGUUUCAAAACUCCUGCGAUGCUCAAGAUGCUAUUAGGGGCCGAAAUGGCUACUAUUUGGAUGGUUCUUACUUAAUGGUCGAGCUUGCGCAUGGUGGUGGAGGGCCAUCCUCAUCAAGUGAUCCACACAGCAACUAUGGUGGUGGAGGGCCAUCCCCAACAAAUGCUCCACACAGUAACUAUGGUGGCGUGGGAGGCCAUUACGGCAUUGAACGCCGCCAAUCUGAAUAUCGAGUUAUUGUUCGUGGGAUUCCUUCAUCAACUUCCUUGCAAGAUUUGAAGAAUCAUAUGCAAAAAGCUGGUGAUGUGUGCUUUGCUGAAGUUUCUCGUGAUAGCGAGGGAACUUUUGGUAUAGUUGAUUAUACUAAUUAUGAGGAUAUGAAGUAUGCUAUCAGGAGGCUAGACAGAGCAGACUUUGGAAAUCCUUGGACAAGGACCUACAUCCGGGUGAAGAUGUAUGAGGGGAGUCCGUCAAGAAGCCAAAGCAGAAGCCGAAGUCCAAGGAACAAAAGAAGCAAGUAUCUGAAUUUCAUUGCAAACCCCUUCAGCUUAUCUUUGGAAUUGUCGCUUUCAAUGUCACCAUCAACAUCAAGAUCUAGGUCUAUAUCUGCAUCUCCUGAAAAAACACCCAUAGACGAACAAGAUGAUUAUCUCCUUGCGAGGUAAAGUUAUUGUUUGAGUUAUAUAGAAAAAAUGAGCAUUGGUUGUUAUAAAAUCUAGUUUUGUCAACCCACCCAGGUUAGCUGAAGUGGUAAGAAAAUUCAUACUAAAAGUACAUUGAUUGAAGUGGGAGGCCAUUUUGGUGGGAUACUGCGAUAGCCUCCUCUAGGGAAAAAACACUAGUCUUUAAAAGGAAUAUGGUCUUGUCGGAUAUCAGAAAACCUUCGCCCUAUCUUGUUUAGGUUGGGGAAUUAAGUCAAGUAGUGUGUUGAUGAGUUAGAUUCCAAGUUAUAGUUUAAAAUUAGAACUUGUCUCCUAUUAAGUUGAUUUCAUAAUUCUAAUCAAAGUAUUAUCUUCAAUCAAAGUAUCCCACGAUCCAACCUCUACGGGAUUGAUUAUCUUCAUUGAAGAAGGGGUCAUCCCAUCUGGUUGAACAUAUUAUAAUGAAUUGUGAUCUCUUUUCAAAGAAAGGUUACUCAGUACAGAUCUUGAAUUUGUAUACAAUGCUUCAAGCCAUUAUAAGUUUAAGUGUUUCUCCUUUUAAGUUGAUUUCAUAAUCUUAUGAACUUGAUCUCUAAAAUUUGUAUUUGUUCUAAAAUAUGUAUUUCUGUCCAACCAGCCUUUUACAUUGUGUGGUUCUGAAAACAAUCUUAUUUCAGGCUGGCUCAGGCACUACCUAAUAUGCAAGCAAAGCAUUUUACAGGAAGUGUCACAAAGGAUUUGUAGAGAGCUUUGUUGGGAUAACUUUUGUUCUAGACAGUUUGCUUGGAAGUAGUUUCAAAAAAUACUUUUAUAUGUUGUUUUUGUGUCAAAUGGAAUCAUAAAAAACUUGCAGAACAGAUACUAUGAAGUUUCUUUCCAACAAGCUAGUUUUUAUCUAUGUUCAUUUGGCUUAAACUAUGUUAAACUACUACUGUAUUUCUUGCUAGUCCUCUUUGGUGUCUAUUUGAUGGGUUUCAACUUCCUUGCCAUAUACUUGUGGACAAUUUCACUUAAAGAAGAUUGUGCUUCGGCUUGAUUUAUUUGUUAUCCAUUGGAUUGAAUUUUAUGCAA